UUUUGUCUUAUAAUGUUCAAAAUUCAACAUUGCAAUUAAGGACACCAUAUAAAUUGAGCAUCAACCAAUCCCUCUUCAAAUACUAAAAAAUGACAACCCUGAGAAUCAGGAAGAAACACAACCACCAUCUUAACAACCCCUUCACUUCAAACUCUAAAUCACUUCCUUUUGUUCAAGGACCUCUUUUUCUCAACCGAACAGUCCCUUACCACCAGACCUUUCUUAUAGGUGACAGUUUUCUGUUAACAUGGGCUUCAAAAGAUGGGGGGUCAAUCUCAAUUUCUCAUCAAUCUCAGCCCAGAAGAUCUAUUUGGGCUACUGUGCCAGGCCAGGCUUUUGUAUCAGCAGCAUUAGCUGAGACACAAGUGGAUGAAAGCAGGGGAUCAUUUGUUAUUAAGGACAGGAAUAUUCAACUGGUGUGUAAUUGUCAAACUGUUGAAGAUGUAAGAAUGAUCAAUGAAUUUAGUGAAUGUUUUUAUGCUAAAGAUGGGGGCUUUUUAUCUGGGGUUGAUCAGAAAAUGGAGUUCAAGAACAUUGAGUAUCCUGCUUUGUUGAUAAUGGGUAGGAUUUUUAGUUUCAAGAAAAAGAAAAAGAUGGUUGCUUUAAGUGAAAUUCAAGAAAAUUUGCACCUUUUGGAUAAAGAACCCUCUAGUUCUGCAAGAUAUUGGCUUUUGUUUGAUCAGAAAAAUAGUAAUCAGCUGGCGUUUCAGUUGAGACUUGGAAAAUCUGUUUUUCGGGCUCAACAAAGAGUUUCGCCAAGAAUUUAUAAGGGUUUUACCUGGAGGCUGAGGCCGAUUUGGAGACGUCGUAGGAAAAGAGGUUUUAUUGCUGUUACAUCAGCGGAAGAAGAUGUUGUUGUGAAGACUGUAGAGCCUUUUGAUCAGUUUAAUAGAGUGUGUCUUACGUACUCAAGUGAAAAAAAUGAAAGAUUUUAUGGUUUCGGGGAGCAAUUCUCUCAUAUGAACUUUAAAGGGAAAAGGGUGCCUAUUAUAGUUCAAGAACAAGGAAUUGGGAGAGGUGAUCAACCAAUUACAUUUGCAGCUAAUUUGAUUAGCUACAGGUCUGGCGGUGAUUGGAGCACAACUUAUGCUCCCUCUCCUUUAUAUAUGACAUCCAAGAUGAGGUCACUUUAUCUUGAGGGUUACGACUAUUCAGUUUUUGAUCUCACAAGGGAUGAUAGAGUUCAAAUACAGAUAUAUGGAGGUUCUGCUGAAGGUAGAAUAUUGAAUGGGAACUCGCCCUGUGAGCUCAUUGAAUGUCUUACCGAAUCUAUAGGAAGGCCGCCCAAGCUUCCUGAUUGGAUUAUAUCAGGUCCUGUGGUGGGAAUGCAAGGGGGAACAGCUACUGUACGCAAUGUUUGGGAAGAACUGAACAGAUACGAAGUACCCGUGUCAGCCUUUUGGUUGCAGGACUGGGUGGGGCAGAGAAAGACUGUGAUUGGAUCUCAACUUUGGUGGAAUUGGGAAGUCGAUGCUGAAAGGUAUAGAGGAUGGCAGAAUCUAAUUAAAGAUCUAACUUCAGAGCAUAUCAAAGUGAUGACAUACUGCAACCCUUGUUUAGCUCCGAUGGAUGGAAAGGCCAAUGUCAAGAGGAAUCUUUUUGAGGAGGCGAAGAAGUUAGGGAUACUAGUGAGAGACAGCCAUGGAGAACCAUAUAUGGUUCCAAACACGGCAUUUGAUGUGGGAAUGUUGGAUUUGACACACCCACACACAGCAAGUUGGUUCAAGCAGGUUUUACAAGAAAUGAUCAAUGAUGGAGUCAGUGGUUGGAUGGCUGAUUUUGGUGAAGGCCUACCAGUUGAUGCCUGCCUUUAUUCAGGUGAAGAUCCUAUCUCAGCUCAUAAUAGAUACCCAGAAAUGUGGGCCAAGCUGAACCGCGACUUUGUUGAAGAAUGGAAAACUAAGCGUGCAGGUGUGGAGCAUGAAGGCUCAGAGGAGGACUUGGUUUUCUUCAUGAGAGCUGGUUUUAGGAACAGUCCUAAAUGGGCUAUGCUGUUUUGGGAAGGAGACCAAAUGGUAAGUUGGCAGGCAAAUGACGGGAUAAAAAGUUCAGUUGUCGGGUUGCUGAGCAGUGGGAUUUCAGGCUAUGCUUAUAAUCACAGUGACAUUGGAGGCUACUGUGCAGUUAAGCUGCCUUUCUGCUUGAAUUAUACAAGGAGCGAGGAGUUGCUGCUGCGGUGGAUGGAGUUGAAUGCCUUCACAUCUGUAUUCCGCACCCAUGAAGGGAACAAGCCAUCUUCCAACAGCCAGUUUUACUCGAACCACAAAACUUUAUCGCAUUUUGCACGUUUGGCAAAAAUGUACAAAGCUUGGAAGUUUUACAGGAUUCAGCUAGUCAAGGAAGCGUCUCAGAAAGGACUCCCUGUUUGUCGCCACCUAUUUCUACACUACCCAGAUGACGAUUACGUGCAUAGCUUGACUUAUGAACAAUUUCUUGUUGGCACAGAGAUUCUAGUUGUGCCUGUUCUUGACAAAGGCAAGAAGAAGGUUAAGGCCUAUUUUCCUAUAGGAGAACAGUGUCCAUGGAAACAUAUCUGGACAGGAAAUCUGUACACAGAACAAGGCUCAAAAGCAUGGAUUGAAGCCCCUAUCGACUACCCUGCUAUCUUUGUUAAAGAUGGCUCAGUCGUUGGAGACACCUUUCUAAAGAACUUGAAAGACUACAAUAUUCUGUAAAAUUAUUACCAAGAAUUGUACAGAUUUUAGCUGUUCAACUAUGCUCAUAAGCAUGCUAAGUUAUCAACUGUUUUAUAUACUUGAAAA